UAGAACGAGCUAGGAAUGAGACGGGUAGGAAGUUGAUACCCAUACCCCGCCCCACGCUACUGCGAGUCGGCUAAUACCCGCGAUGAUAAUACCCGACGGGGCGUGUUCAAAUUGCCAUCCCUACCCAGCAAAUUGGCGACACAACCAAUAGAAUAUUCUUCUUCUUUCCUCGUAAAAUCCAAACAAUCACGAAGACCAGUCAAACUAAAGAAGACAUACAUAGUACUUAUAGACAGCUAGCUAGCUAGGUAAGUGCUGUUCCGAUUUAUUCUUUGGAUCAUGAAUGUUUUGCCGAACGGAACUUAGUAUAAAUGGAAACGUACGUACAAGCAGCAGGAGCUAUAGCAAGCUAGCUAGCGCAUAAAAGAAAAAGAAAAAUGACGAGGAGUCCAUCAUUAGGGAAGAAAUUAUUAUAUAAUAUCAAGGUGCCGGCAGCCGCCGUGACGGCGGCGGUUUUGCUGCUCGUCACAAUAUCGCUCGGACGAAUUACAACUGCGCAGGACAUGAACUUUCUGUGCAACCCUGUUAGGUACGCGCUCGGGGAUCGCCGGCGUCCUUGUGUGUACAGCCUGCUCACUCUCAUGUAUCAAUUAUCGGACCCGCCGGCGCCGGGAGAAUGGUACGGCUCCUUUGACUGCGACGGCGGCCGCUAUACUUUGUACGGUUACAGGCGGGCGGACAAGGGCGCGGACGGGGGCGCGGCGGGGCUCGAGUGCCUUCGCAAGGCCAGGGAUAUCCUCCGGACGGGGAAGUGCGCCGGACGGAUGGGAGGUCGGGCGGUGGGAGAAGGCUGCUACAUGAGGCACGAGGCUUACCCUUUUACAGAAGGAUAAAUAAUCGAUCAAACUAUACAUACUACGUACGUGCGGUAUUUUAUUUUCGAGAUUUUAUUUUGAAUAAAUGGGGGGAAAUCGAUCAAAUCCGUACGUCUGUGUCGAUCAAAGUGGAAAAGGUGUUGUUUUGUUUAUUUUCAAUUCUGUCGUUAAGAGUUUGUGUUUAAUUUGUUUCAAGUGAGUCUUUGUGAGUUGUCAAAGGUUGUUGUUUGUUGCUGAGAUUUAAUUUGCAGCUGGAUUUUGUUGAUCCAGCUAGCUAGCUGCUGAUUUGUGAGUGAGUGAGUGAGUGAUUAGCGGUGGUGAAGUCGAGUUCGUGGCUGAAUCACAUGAAUUGACAACGAUUAAAAAUAAAUCACAUUGAAAGCCUUCUCACUAUCCAGAAGUUAUGCUUCCAUCGUAAUUUCUUUUAUAGAAUUUGAGAUUUAAUUUUUGUUAUUGCAAAUACAAAACUAUGUACACAUUAAACUAUAAAGAGUUAAAGACAGUGUGUAUUUGUAAGACGGACAAGUGUGCAGAAUAGGAAACUAGGAAAGGUUUCAAUGCAUAAUCGAGGGUUCUCCACCCAAUAUCGAGUGGAGAAUUAUAAAGCCAAUUGUCAAUGAUACUCGUAAGGGUAUAAGUUAUUUUUCCUCAAUCGUAUAUCACUGACUGCACUGUGUCUGCUUGUAUCACUAACUUACUCCCUGAUAUAAUUGUAGCACAAAAUCUAUUCCUACCUACAAUUUAUAUCACAAUUUUUUUUGAAAAGGACAUGUUUAACCUUACGAAGUAGUACACUCUAAUCAAUAAUCUUAGUAUAAGAAAAAGAUACUUUCUUGAGAAGCGUAUCAGAUUCCCCCAAUAACAAGGACAAAAAAUAAACAUCUCACCCAAGACAUCUCCGGGUAUAGCAAAAUGAAAAAUACAAAACAUUAAGUGGAAAUAUACAGUAUGAUGCGGUAAGUUUACGUCAUUACACAUCAUAAAUAUAUGAUUGUGCAACACACAAUCUGUUACAACUAAUUAUUUUACAUAUAUUUUUUUGCUUUCUUUUUCUUUAUAUUUAUCUAGUCCCUAGUUGGUUUAAUUUUGUCUUUCCAUUGCUCUCGCUUUUAGCAUGCACCCAAUCAAAUAAUGCAAUUAUUCUAUUAAUUUACAACAGAUUGGUCCUUUGCUUCUUCUCGUAUCUGCAAAGUGUUAAGCUCAAUUAUUUUGACCGCUUUAUCCAAAAUCCUUAACCCAAAAUCCAGAUUUACAUUAUUUGUGGCUUCUAAUUAGAUGCAAAUGUUUCAAAUUCUGACGAAUUACGGCCGGUUGUAAAUUGCAUAAUUAUAAACCCAACAGGGGCAUCGAUCGUAGGCCCUCAGAUUCUCAAAUUCGUACUGUUGGGGGUGUUACUAAAUACUCCACGCGCGGACUAAAUAAGGGCGCGCUCAAUCGGUAACGUGCUCCGGACGAACACCACUACGAAGUAUUUAAAGACAUGAAACUCCCCAUUGAAGGGGGCCUUCUCUCUCUUCUCACUUUCUACUUUCUAUUAUCUCUCUACACUUCAUCUCUCUAUCUAUUCUCUCAACUCUCUCCACAAAGAUACACUGACUUGCUCGUCGGAGCUUAAUCCGGGGGGCAACCCCGGCUCUUUCACAGGUUCUCUCCCUCCCGACGAGAUCAGACGAACGGAUGACGAGUCAACCCACACCAACAAACAUUAUUGUUCCUG